CGUUACUCUAUGGCGUCUUCGUCUUCCAGCUCAGUGCCCGCUUUCGCGGACAACGUUAUGUAUAGGCGACAAAUAAGCCACGCAAGCUGGACUUCAAGAAAUUCAGACUCUCCUUACCCGGGGGCUUCCUCGUCGCCAUUACUGCAACCAAGAUAUGACUUCCAUCCCAACCCCGCCGAGUGGGGCAUCGACUUUGGCGAAACGGACGACGACGAUUUACACAGAGCCGAAAAACCCAACCACAACGUCGAGUUUUCUGGUAACCCUUGGUCAAUACGUGGGCUCACCAACCUCGGCUGCCUGUUUAUACUAAUUGCGGGCAUUCUCACUCUUUUCAUCGGGUAUCCUGUCUUGUCGUUUCGAUCGACAGAAAUUGGCACAACUAGCUCGUUGGGGAACCUGGGAGGGAGAAACGGGACUGGUCAAGUUCCUGACAUAGGCAAUUGGGGGCUCAUCGACGCGGAAACGCCAGAGAUCGCCUACGUAGUGCCCUCAUGGAAUGGUGGGGAGGACAUGCAGCUGGUCGGUGGUUUUUUCCAAACUCAGCUCGAUCUCCCACACUCCGUUCAUCUCAGGUAUUCAGCGACGAAUUCAACACCGACGGCCGGACAUUCUACCCCGGGGACGAUCCAUACUGGGAAGCAGGCAAGUUGCUGCGCAUUUCGCUGUAGAAAUAAUGCCGACAUUCCCAUCCGGCAGUUGACUUGCACUAUUGGGCCACGAAUAACCUGGAGGCUAUGGUAUGACCCCGAAGCCGUCACCACCGCGAACGGCAAUCUCGUCAUCACGCUUUCUCAGAAAGAAACGCACAAUCUCUCGUACGAAGGGGGAAUGUUGUCGACCUGGAACAAGUUUUGCUUCACAGGCGGCUACAUCGAGACCAGUGUGCGACUACCAGGUCUGAACAACAUUCAAGGCUUGUGGCCCGCUGUCUGGACCAUGGGAAACUUGGGACGGGCCGGAUAUGGUGCUAGCUUGGAGGGCAUGUGGCCGUAUUCUUAUGGCAAGUUUUUAUACUCGUGUGAUGUUGGUACUGCACCGAAUCAGACUCACAACGGAGGCCCUUUUGCAGCGACGGUGAAUGGUGAUACAGGCCAUGAUGGAGAACUAUCUUGGCUACCAGGACAGCGUCUUUCGGCCUGUACGUGUCCAGACCAAGACAAUCUACAUCCAGGACCGAAACGCGGCAAUGGUUAUGUGGGCAGGGCCUCACCAGAAAUUGAUGUGUUCGAGGCUCAAAUUACUUCCAUCAACAAGGUCCUCAUACCACAAGUCAGCCAAAGCGCUCAAUGGGCUCCAUUCGAUGCUGCAUACCAGUGGUUAAACACGUCCGACUUCUUCAGCAUGACUGACCCCACAAUCUCCCAUAUUAAUUCCUUCAAAGGUAGCAUCACGCAAGAAGCGACAAGCAUUGUGACGAAUACUGCUCCUUUGUGCUACGAGGACAAUGGCAACUGCUUCUCUAUCUACGGCUUCGAAUACAGACCUGGCUUUGAUGAUGGCUACAUUACCUGGAUCGCGACCAACAAGGUUGCGUGGACCAUCAAGGGCGGAGCCGUAGGUUCAAAUCCACAAACACAAAUUGGCCCGCGACAGAUUUCCGGUGCGAACUUUUCUCCAGUUGUACUAUCUCCUCAUGCGACUGUAGCGGAACCUAUGUACUUAAUCGCAAAUCUUGGAAUGUCGUUCAACUUUGGCAAGGUUGAUCUGGAACACCUUCCCUUCCCUUGCCAUCUAGAAAUUGACUACAUUCGAGUCUAUCAACCUAAGAGUGCAAUCAACGUUGGAUGCUCACUUAUUCCAGCGAUCCUCCAGGAUACCCAACACAAACAUACAUCAACACGCAACUAUAUCCAAGCAUACACGAAUCCUAACCUAACAACAUGGAGAGACGACUUCGGCCAGCCUUUCCCAAAAUCUAGUUUUCUUGGCGAAUGCUAA